AUGUUUGUUAAUGAAUAUAGACAAGUUAGAAAUUCAGAAACGGAAGCAUUUGGUGAGCCGAUUUUACCAGACUAUGUGUAUGAUGCUUUACGUGGCCUCAAAAGGUUUGAUUCUAUGAAGGGACGCCAAGAAGACGCUGAAGAAUUUCUUGGCUUUUUACUUGAUGGGUUACAUGAAGAAUUUUUGGCAGUCUUCAGGCCAGGUGGUGAAUUACAGGGAUCCCGUAAUAAGCAAUCAACCAAUGGUAAUAAUGAUUUGACUGAAAAAUCUGGCUCUAACAAAAAUGAUGAAAAUGAAAACGCAUGGAUGGAAGUCGGACCAAAGAACAAAACAAGUUAUACCAGAACUACUGAUAUUGAAGAAUCACCAAUCAGUCGCAUUUUCGGAGGUCAACUUCGUUCAGUGCUUCAGUGCCCAGGAAGUAUUGAUUCUAUAACACUUGAGCCAUUUCAAUCAUUGCAACUUGAUAUUCAGCCUGAUGACGUAAAAACUGUUGGAGAUGCACUCAAAAAUCUUACCAACCCUGAAUAUGUCGAUGAUUUUUAUUCAGCAAAGAAAGACUUGGUUCGUGCUACCAAGCGAUUAUACAUAGAAACACUUCCGCCUAUCCUCACUCUUCAUUUAAAGAGAUUCGUGUAUGACAAUGUUGGUGGAACACAAAAAUUGAGCAAACAUAUUGGAUAUUCGACAACGUUAUCAAUUCAACAAGAAUUGAUAGCUCCUAGUCAACGUUUAGGCAAAGUCAUAGAGUAUCAACUCUUUGGAGUGGUGUAUCAUCAUGGCAAAUCUGCUACUGGCGGUCAUUACACUGCGGAUAUUCUUCGUUACGACGACGAAUGGCUUCAUAUCGAUGAUACAUCAAUUACGCAAAUUUCAGCAGAAGAAGUUGCGAUUUUGGAAAAUCCCACUCAGCCGACUGAUC